AUUACGCAUACAUUUCAUAAGACAAUCUAAACAAAAAUUAUACAAAUACAAAAUUCUAUAUUUUCUUACUUAUAGAUACAAUAGAAUGUUAGAAUUUUAGCAAUAAUAAGGCCAAAAUGUACAUUAGUUACCAACUUUUCCUUCGUUAUGAUGCAAAGAAGUUUUAAAUGCUCCUGCACUACUCAUACUUGUUCCAAGUUGACCUUAGCUUUUGUUUGGUACACUUAUAUACAUUUAGUGGCGUAGGGGUGGAAAUCUCCACCAAUAAGAGUUCGACACCCAAUCAAGGAGCACCACCUAUCAUUACGCGUCAUCAACUCACCCCAAUUAUGGGCCUGAAUCGCGGAAGGCCCAAGUGCUGUAUGAGAAAACUUUACAAUUCAAUCCGAAAGGAUAGUCUAAAUUGCAAAGCUCUCACCCAAUAUCAGUUAAAAUCUACUUCGUAUAUUGUAAAUAGUACACAAGAUUCGGUGCUACAUUUUGUGUCUUUUAUAACGUGAUUUUUGCUAAUGUAAUGUAUUACAACGAAGUAAAAUAGCGAAAUAUGUUUAGUAAUAUUUGCUGUGCUCUUAAAUAGUAUCGAAACGCUUUCAAAAUUGAGGCAAAAAUUAGAAGUAUCAAAAUAAUACUUUUGAUAACUUUUGCACUAUAACAAAACACUGUUCAAAAAAAAUAAAAAUAAAAAUUCUAAAAUAAUAUUUUUAACUAAGUAUUCAAAAUUUUCAAACUUACGACACUUUUUACCAAACAUGUUUUCAUGUUUUGUUUCUAAAAUCUUGUAACAAAUUUACAUUACCAAACAAGUUUCUAAAUAAUGUUAAACAUACUCUAAAAACAGAAACAUUUUUCUUUUUCGGGUCAAAGUAAAAGCACAAAGUAACUGUGGUUAAAUGGUCCUAUUUUCAAGGGCACUACUUGUACUUCUAAAGAGUUGUACUUUAUUUUAUUUUAUUUUAUUUUAUUUUUAUUAUUAUUAGAUUUUAUAAUUUUGAAUAUAGGUUAUUAUUGUUUUUAAAGAAUUUAAAUUGACUGUUUUGCUUUUAACUCAAUUUUUAAAAACAAUUUUAAAAUCAUCAACUAAAUAAAAUUUUAAAGUAUCUGGAUAUGAGAUACCGUAAAUUUUGAGGAGGGGACAAGGGUUUACUAUAGGGUCCCAAUGGUAGUCGAAUCUAUUGGCGACGAUCCAUCCAUCAAACCAUCAAAUAUGGGAUCGAAUUGUUAGAAUAAAUGGUAUUUUUUUUUCAAGAAUAAAUGGUAUUGAAAAACAUGCUACGCACCGGAUAGGAUUGAUGCAGAUAUACUCGUAUCAAUGGAGGAGAUUGCCCACAUUGAAAGUUCUGUAAGUACUCGAUAAUAUUUUAAUAUUUUUCAUUUUUUUUGUAUAGUUUGCUGUGAUGGCUUAAACUGGUGUAAUGUUUUUUUGGGUGCCUUGCUCAAUUGUUUGUUGGUGUUCUUUUCCUUUUGCUCUAUUUUUUGUAUGGUUGCUCUAUUCUGUAGUUUUCUGGAAAUGGGUUUUUUCAGUUUCUGUUGUUUUUGAGGGGUAAUGGGUUUGCCUCCUCCUGUUUGCAAGGUUUGCUUGGUUUUUAAUGUAGUUCACUUGGGGAAUUUUUUAUUUAAAAAAAAAAAAAAAAAAAAAAGAAGAAGAAGUUGUAUCAAGAGCAUGCGUUAUAAACAAUUCUUAACGAACAAUUAAAUAUCAGAAUCUUGCAUUGUGCAGUGAAGGGUACCUGCUUCUCCGAUCUCUUUGCAUAAUACAAGGGACUUGGCAUGAUUCUCUUACUGUCAUAGUUUAAAACAUUAUCAAGAUUAUAAAUAAAUAAAAAUUGCCAAUCUUUUCAGGUGAAAUGUCAAUUUAUUUAUUUAUUUAUUUAUUUCUGGUCAAUGAAGUAACCAAUGAGUAUAAUAGUGAUAGUAGGUUGCCAAAGGAUUAAAAAUAAUACAAUUAAUCAUCUCUAAUUUCUUUCUAAUUGUCAAAGUAAACCAUGUGAUUGCAACAAACUUGAUUUGGCUUUUUAGUGUGAUAACCAGUCGUAAUGCUAGUUUCCCUUUUACAAGAUUAAAAGCUCUUCUUUGGGAGCUGUCGUGACAGUGAAAUUGUAUUUGGUUAGGCCAACCACCACAACCUAAUGUGACACUUUAACUGCUCACAUACAAAUUAUUAGUGUUAAGAAUUCUAUAAGAAAAUAUUCGAGUUGCAUUACAGCACAAGAAGUUGACUCUUUCAUACAAAUAAUUAACAGAUCUUUCAUCAGAACUAAAGAAUAUUUGUGUUCUCCUCGGACAAUCCUUGUUAGAUUGCUUAAACUAAGCCAACUGCCCACCAAUAUAAUUCAAUUCAACUGCUCCUGGGGAAGAGAAUGGUGAAUGAAAACACACAACAAAUGGUGCCCAGAGUGUGCGGAACUAAAUGCACCUUUCAUCCCUUCAUUGCUUUAUUCAUCAUGGCCUUACUUAUAGCUGCCAUCUAUCUCACAGGAUAUGAACGUGGACAGUUCCUAGAAGAUCAGACAACAGGGAAGAACUCAUCCUCACGCUGCAAUUUGUCCGUGGGCAAAUGGGUAUUUGAUAACAAGUCUUACCCUCUAUACAAAGAGAAGCAAUGCCCAUAUAUGUGGGAUGAGUUUGCUUGCGAGAAAUAUGGGAGAAAGGACUUGAAUUAUCAGAAUUGGAGAUGGCAACCUCACCAGUGUGACCUCCCAAGGUUCAAUGCCACAGCAUUGCUGGAGAGGCUAAGGGGGAAGAGGCUUGUGUUCGUUGGGGAUUCGCUGAACAGGGACCAAUGGGUUUCACUCGUCUGCUUAGUGGAAUCAUCGAUCCCUCAAGAACUCAAAUCCAGGAAUUUCAAGUUAAAUGGUUCUUUGAUGACGUUCAAGGCCACUGAAUACAAUGCAACUGUUGAUUUCUAUUGGUCCCCAUUGCUAGUGGAAUCUAACGCUGAUGAUCCAGUAAACCAUCGGCUACCUGACCGGAUUGUCCGAGUCCAGGCAAUUGAAAAGCACGCUAGGCACUGGACUGAUGCUGAUAUACUAGUCUUCAACUCCUAUGUUUGGUGGCUAAGACCCAAAAUGAAGGUUUUAUGGGGAUCAUUUCAAAGCUCUGAUGGAAUCUACAAAGAAAUAGAGAUGAUUCGUAGCUAUGAGAUGGCUCUAAAGACAUGGUCAGAUUGGUUGGAAAUUCAUAUCAACCAUACCAAGACCAAAUUAUUUUUUGUUAGCAUGUCACCAACUCACUUACGGGGUGAAGAAUGGGGCAAGGGAACAAAUGAUAAUUGCUACAGUGAAACAAUGCCAAUUUUCAAAGAGGGAUAUCAAGGUAGCGGAUCGAAUCCAAAAAUGAUGAGAGCAGUGGAGGCAGCAAUCGAUGAACUGAAAACAAAAGGCUUGAAGGUACAAAUGCUCAACAUAACUCAACUUUCAGAGUACAGAAAAGAAGGCCACCCCUCUAUAUACAGGAGGCAAUGGGUGCCUCUAACUGAAGAGCAAUUAUCAAAUCCUAUUAGUUAUGCAGAUUGUGCCCACUGGUGCCUUCCUGGUGUUCCUGAUACUUGGAAUGAACUACUCUAUGCCUACUUACUAGAUUCAAGAUUUUUUUAGGUUGUACAACUUUGUAUUUAAGAGUCAAAACUCAAAAGCAUAGAAUUCCUCUGAAGAAACUAGAGAGAGAAAAUUAUUUAUGGCAAACAAGAAAAUUCAAUAAUUUAUAAUGAAGUGAGAAGUCCAAUUUUUACUAAA